CNUGUUUUCCCUCUCAGUCGCGGGCGAAGUCGCCGUGUCUCCAAGUCCAUUGCUUUCAUUGUACCCUUGGCGAAGGAUCUUCACCGCCGCACCUCUAUCGCCACAAAACCCUUCUUCCUCUUUGUCUCCGUGGCUCUCACCGGCAGCCACUCAAUCAGCCCCCAACCGGAAACCACUUCACUCUCAUUCUUCCUCCAAAGUUUUAGUCUUUAGACGCCCAAAUCAAUUGCCUUUGGGUACUGAAGAAACAGGGAGGAAGAACUAGUGACCCAGUUUGGAGAUUCUUCAGAAUUUCUGGGUUUCUUUAAUCUUUGGUUCCUCUGUUUGAUUUCAUUGCUGAUUUCGUUAAGAGCCUCAAGGAAUGUGUAUUGGUUGGAAGUAUUAGACUUAGAGAUUGUCCAAAUGUUCUACCUUAGCCGAAUUGAGCACACACUGCGUGUGCCUCCAAGCAUGCUCCAUUUACCUAUCCUUGAUGCUAUUAAGGGGGAGCUGGAGAAACUGUUCCUGGAUAAGGUUGUUGCCAACUUGGGGCUCUGUAUUUCUGUUUAUGAUAUAAGAUCGGUUGAUGGGGGCUUUAUCUUUCCCAGCGAUGGUGCUGCAACAUACAAGGUUGUGUUCACAUUGAUUGUGUUUCGUCCAUACGCGGGGGAGAUAAUUAUUGGAAAAGUGAAAGAAUCAGAUGCAAAUGGUUUGCGAAUAUCACUUGGAUUUUUCGAGGACAUUUACGUUCCCAUCCAUCUUCUGCCGUCUCCAUCAGAAUUCAAGCCUGAUCCGAAAAAUAGCGGAAAACGCAGAUGGGUGUGGGACUAUGAUGGUCAACCAUACGACAUAUAUGAAACGGAUGAGAUAAAAUUUAGAAUACACAGCAUAGACUACCCAACAAUCCCGGUGGAUCAGCAGCCGAACGAGAGUAACUCAAAAUUCCAAAUGGAGGAGCAACCGAAAGAGAACGUUAACGUAAAACCAUUCGCUCCCAUGGUUGUUACUGCGACAAUCGACUAUGAUGGGUUGGGUCCUGUUUCGUGGUGGGAUGGUUCAGGAGAUGCCGAUGCCGAAGCCGAGGCCGAGGCAGAGGCUGAGGAAGAUUCCUAAGAUCACUUUCCCAUCUUUUUACUGUGAAAAAUUGCCAAGUUGGGAGAGUCGAGCAAAGUUCCUGUUGGCUGUUUUUCGGAUCCCGCUCGUAAAGUCUAAACAUUUGGGUCGAGUUGAAUGAGGUAUUUGAAAGGGUAAAGAGGGAAUGAAGUUGAAGUAGUGAUAAUUAUUAAGAAGCUUUAAAGAGAUCAAGGCGAGAAUCUGCUAAUCUAAGGGAAUAAGCAGCUUUCUUGUACUGAGCCCAAGUGAAAGGCUUAUAUAGAGAUUGGUGAUUGGGGGGUAUCAUUUCUGAUAGAGGUGCUAUCCAUGCAUUCAACGGUGGUGCCCCGAAGUACAUGAUUGACAUUCUUGCCUUCUUUGAGCUGUUUGCCAUUGCUCUAUGCCUCACACUUACAAAUCUCCCAUUUGUCAUUGCCUGUUGUGUUCAAAAACAAAAACAACAAAUCUCAAUAACCCAUUCUAUAAA